AGAGCUAAUGGCGGACACCGGUGGGUUGAAGCUGGCGGUGGCUUAGGCCUUGAAGGAACUCAGCAUCUGUUGGAUAUCUACGCCAUCCUUCCUGCUGCAGGCUUGUUUUGACUCCUUAUAACUGCGGCCUGAUUGUGGAGUUGUGAGUAUCUCAGUGUUGCUGCCAUCAUGUUCCUAUACAACUUGACCUUGCAGCGAGCCACAGGCAUCAGCUUUGCCAUUCAUGGCAACUUCUCUGGAACCAAACAGCAGGAAAUUGUUGUUUCCCGUGGGAAGAUACUGGAGCUGCUUCGCCCUGACCCCAACACUGGCAAAGUACACACUCUACUAACUGUGGAAGUAUUUGGUGUUAUCCGGUCACUCAUGGCCUUUAGGCUGACUGGUGGCACCAAAGACUACAUUGUGGUUGGCAGUGACUCGGGUCGGAUUGUUAUCUUGGAAUACCAGCCAUCUAAGAAUAUGUUUGAGAAAAUUCACCAAGAAACCUUUGGCAAGAGCGGAUGCCGCCGCAUUGUUCCUGGCCAGUUCUUAGCUGUGGAUCCCAAAGGGCGAGCUGUUAUGAUUAGUGCCAUUGAAAAACAGAAAUUGGUAUAUAUCUUAAACAGAGAUGCUGCAGCCCGACUUACCAUUUCAUCUCCCCUAGAGGCCCACAAAGCGAACACUUUAGUAUAUCAUGUGGUUGGAGUAGAUGUGGGAUUUGAAAAUCCAAUGUUUGCUUGUCUGGAAAUGGAUUAUGAGGAAGCAGACAAUGAUCCAACAGGGGAAGCAGCGGCUAAUACUCAGCAGACUCUUACCUUCUAUGAAUUAGACCUUGGUUUAAAUCAUGUGGUCCGAAAAUACAGUGAACCUUUGGAGGAACAUGGCAACUUUCUUAUUACAGUUCCUGGAGGGUCAGAUGGUCCAAGUGGAGUGUUAAUCUGCUCUGAAAACUAUAUCACCUACAAGAACUUCGGUGACCAACCAGAUAUCCGCUGUCCAAUUCCCAGGAGACGGAAUGACCUGGAUGAUCCUGAAAGAGGAAUGAUUUUUGUCUGCUCUGCCACCCAUAAGACCAAAUCGAUGUUCUUCUUUUUGGCCCAAACUGAGCAGGGAGAUAUCUUCAAGAUCACUUUGGAGACAGAUGAAGAUAUGGUUACUGAGAUCCGGCUCAAGUAUUUCGAUACUGUGCCUGUUGCUGCUGCCAUGUGUGUGCUUAAAACAGGCUUCCUUUUUGUAGCAUCAGAAUUUGGAAACCAUUACUUAUAUCAAAUUGCUCAUCUCGGAGACGAUGAUGAAGAACCUGAGUUUUCAUCUGCCAUGCCUCUGGAAGAAGGAGACACAUUCUUCUUCCAACCAAGACCACUCAAAAACCUUGUGCUGGUUGAUGAAUUGGACAGCCUGUCUCCCAUUUUGUUUUGCCAGAUAGCUGAUCUGGCCAAUGAAGACACACCACAGCUCUAUGUGGCCUGUGGUAGGGGACCGCGAUCAUCUCUGAGAGUCUUAAGGCAUGGACUUGAGGUAUCAGAAAUGGCUGUCUCUGAGUUACCCGGUAACCCCAAUGCUGUCUGGACAGUGCGUCGGCACAUUGAAGAUGAAUUUGAUGCCUACAUCAUUGUGUCUUUCGUGAAUGCCACACUGGUGUUGUCCAUCGGAGAGACUGUGGAAGAAGUGACUGACUCUGGGUUCCUGGGCACCACCCCAACCUUGUCCUGCUCGUUGUUAGGAGAUGAUGCCUUGGUGCAGGUGUAUCCUGAUGGUAUUAGGCACAUAAGAGCGGACAAACGAGUCAAUGAAUGGAAGACCCCUGGAAAGAAAACGAUUGUAAAAUGUGCAGUGAACCAGCGACAGGUGGUGAUUGCCCUGACAGGAGGAGAGCUGGUCUAUUUUGAGAUGGAUCCUUCAGGACAGCUGAACGAGUACACAGAGCGGAAGGAGAUGUCGGCAGAUGUGGUGUGCAUGAGUCUGGCCAACGUGCCUCCUGGAGAGCAGCGGUCUCGCUUCCUGGCUGUGGGGCUGGUGGACAAUACUGUUAGAAUCAUCUCUCUGGAUCCAUCAGACUGUUUGCAGCCUCUGAGCAUGCAGGCUCUCCCAGCUCAGCCCGAGUCAUUGUGUAUUGUGGAAAUGGGUGGCACUGAGAAACAAGAUGAGCUGGGUGAGAGGGGCUCAAUUGGCUUCCUGUACCUGAAUAUUGGGUUACAGAAUGGUGUGCUGCUGAGAACUGUCUUGGACCCUGUGACUGGGGAUCUGUCUGACACACGCACUAGGUACCUGGGGUCCCGUCCUGUGAAACUCUUUCGUGUCCGGAUGCAAGGCCAGGAAGCAGUGUUGGCCAUGUCAAGCCGAUCGUGGUUGAGCUAUUCCUACCAGUCUCGUUUCCAUCUCACCCCCUUGUCUUAUGAGACCCUGGAGUUUGCGUCUGGCUUUGCCUCUGAACAGUGUCCUGAGGGUAUUGUGGCCAUCUCCACCAAUACUCUGAGGAUUUUAGCAUUGGAGAAGCUAGGUGCUGUCUUCAAUCAAGUGGCCUUUCCACUGCAGUACACACCCAGGAAAUUUGUUAUUCACCCUGAGAGUAACAACCUUAUCAUCAUUGAGACGGACCACAAUGCCUACACUGAGGCAACAAAAGCUCAGAGGAAGCAGCAAAUGGCAGAGGAAAUGGUAGAAGCAGCAGGGGAGGAUGAGCGGGAGCUUGCUGCAGAGAUGGCAGCAGCGUUCCUCAAUGAAAACCUUCCUGAGUCCAUUUUUGGAGCUCCUAAAGCCGGCAAUGGGCAGUGGGCCUCUGUGAUCCGAGUGAUGAAUCCUAUUCAAGGGAACACGCUGGAUCUUGUCCAGCUAGAACAGAAUGAGGCCGCUUUUAGUGUGGCUGUAUGCAGGUUUUCCAACACUGGUGAUGAUUGGUAUGUGUUGGUGGGCGUGGCCAAAGACCUGAUUCUCAAUCCCAGGUCUGUAGCCGGGGGCUUUGUCUAUACCUACAAGCUCGUGAACAAUGGGGAAAAACUGGAGUUUUUGCACAAGACUCCAGUGGAAGAGGUCCCUGCUGCCAUCGCCCCAUUCCAGGGGAGGGUGUUGAUUGGUGUGGGGAAGCUUCUGCGAGUUUAUGACCUGGGGAAGAAGAAGUUACUCCGAAAGUGUGAGAACAAGCAUAUUGCCAAUUACAUCUCUGGGAUCCAGACUAUUGGACACAGGGUAAUUGUGUCUGAUGUCCAAGAAAGUUUCAUCUGGGUUCGAUACAAGCGUAAUGAGAACCAGCUUAUCAUUUUCGCCGAUGAUACUUACCCACGAUGGGUCACUACAGCUAGCCUCCUGGACUAUGACACUGUGGCUGGGGCAGACAAAUUUGGCAACAUUUGUGUGGUGAGGCUCCCACCUAACACCAAUGACGAAGUGGAUGAGGAUCCCACAGGAAACAAAGCCCUGUGGGACCGGGGCUUGCUCAACGGGGCCUCUCAGAAGGCGGAGGUGAUCAUGAACUACCAUGUGGGCGAGACCGUGCUGUCAUUACAGAAGACCACACUGAUCCCUGGAGGCUCAGAAUCGCUUGUCUAUACCACCUUGUCAGGAGGAAUUGGCAUCCUUGUCCCAUUCACAUCCCAUGAGGACCAUGACUUUUUCCAACAUGUAGAAAUGCAUCUACGGUCUGAGCAUCCUCCUCUCUGUGGACGAGACCACCUCAGUUUUCGUUCCUAUUACUUCCCUGUUAAGAAUGUGAUAGAUGGAGAUCUCUGUGAGCAGUUCAACUCCAUGGAGCCCAACAAACAGAAGAACGUCUCUGAAGAACUGGACCGAACCCCACCUGAGGUGUCCAAGAAGCUUGAGGAUAUCCGGACCCGCUAUGCCUUCUGAGCCCUUGCUUUUCCUGUGGGACUUGUGUCAGAGACUGUUCUGUUUCCCCACCACGUGGCUCUGAACCCACAUGGCAGAAGAAGGGUGGCUGGAUAAGACUUUGUAAUAUUAGAGCUAGUAGGUCUUGCCUAUCCACUCUUCCCUGGAGUGACUGGUUCCCCCUAAAAUUGGCACUGAACUUUGCUAUGCUUCUUUCUGCCUAGUACCUAAUACAUUGCUCCCAGUUUCUGGUGUGUAAUAAGAUGUUCCCUCUCCCCCAAACCUUUCCCUACAUUGAUACUUCUGGGUCUCUUUGUCUACUUUUGUAUACACCCUUAGUUUUUAACUGGUUUUCUUGUAAAUACAGUUUUGUACAAUGUUAUCUUUGUGGGAGGGAGGGAGGGAGGCAAGCUGAGGUGGGGACCAGGUUGAAUAUAGUAUAACUCCUGAGUUCUGCCACUCUGGAAUCUAACCAGAAAUACAGAUCUAGUUUUUAAGGUG